CCCCAAGUAGAUCUGCUCUUUGGUUGAAAAACCUGGGGCAUUUUGUUGUUGUUCAAGCCACAUGAGGUUGAGUGGAGUUGAUGACCGCUUGAAGAACCAACACCAUACAUACUACAUACCUAUCUGUACAUACUCAGCCAACGAGACUCGAUCGUCAGAUUGCGUGGGAUCAUCGAGUGUCAUCAAGAGUUCAGCGUCCGGGGGGGUGUGGUGACAGCGGUGAGGGUACAAAGGUACAGCCGUGGACGGGACAGACAGCACACGCUGGAGCCAAGCCCCACUCUUCGGCAACGUUAGGAUGGAAGUGGCCCCAGCUUACGAGCCUCGCUCAGCCAGGACCCUGGAGGCAGCAUUGAUUGAGAAGAAGAAAGAAGAAGCCGCGGCCAAAGUGAGCCGAGUGAGCAACAAGCCGACUCUGAUCAUCAGGAACAGGGCGACCGAAUACUUACAGCACCCCUCCCGACGCUUUCUUCAAACCAUCCACGUCUCACCUGCUGUGACUCUAAUGCGGUCUCAGAGCCUAGUCAGGUUGCAGUUGCUGGCAAAGACGCGGUGCCGGCCAUUGCACUUCCAGCCCCAGAGCAUCAGACAGCACAGCACGCUCCUCCCGCUCCCGCACCCGCGCCCGUCGUCGCAGCCACACAUCUUCCACGGCUACGGCCACCUCCCGUCCGUCCAAAACAUGCCGCCACAAUUCGGCCGUCCCGGCCAAUCGCAGGCCCGCACGCUGGCGUCACUUGGCGGGCCCCAGUCCAAUUCCACACACACCCCGUGCCCGGUCGGAGGGGGAGCUGGGACCCCUCCCCCUCCAUCGGCUGGCAAUGGAUCGGGGGGGCCUGCCCAAUCUCCGAAUACAAAACCGCUGCUGGGCUCAUCCACCCUGACGAGACCAAACAUCACCACCGCCAUUUCCUCCGCCAGAACACAACAGAUUGCCCGGCAUCUCUCGUCGAGCUCAGUCGCAACCAUGGCUUCCCAGUACAGCGUCCGCAAGGUUGGCGCUCCCUACACCUUGGAGCACCGCGUCUACAUCGAGAAGGAUGGCGUCCCCGUCUCGCCCUUCCACGAUAUCCCGCUCUAUGCCAAUGCCGAGCAGACCAUCCUCAACAUGGUCGUUGAGAUUCCCCGCUGGACCAACGCCAAGCAGGAGAUCUCCAAGGAGGAGCUCCUGAACCCCAUCAAGCAGGACACCAAGAAGGGCAAGCUCCGCUUCGUCCGCAACUGCUUCCCCCACAAGGGCUACCUCUGGAACUACGGUGCCUUCCCCCAGACCUGGGAGGACCCCAACUCCAUCCACCCCGAGACCAAGGCCAAGGGUGACAACGACCCGCUCGACGUCUGCGAGAUCGGUGAGCUCGUCGGCUACACCGGCCAGGUCAAGCAGGUCAAGGUCCUCGGUGUCAUGGCCCUUCUCGACGAGGAGGAGACUGACUGGAAGGUCAUUGUCAUCGACGUCAACGACCCUCUUGCCCCCAAGCUCAACGACGUUGAGGAUGUUGAGCGUCACCUUCCCGGCCUUAUCCGUGCCACCAACGAGUGGUUCCGUAUCUACAAGAUCCCUGACGGCAAGCCCGAGAACCAGUUCGCCUUCACUGGCGAGUGCAAGAACAAGACGUACGCCAUGGACGUCGUCCGUGAGUGCAACGAAGCCUGGGAGCGUCUCAUCACCGGCAAGACUGCCCCUGGCGGUGUCUCCACCACCAACGUCACUGUCCAGCACUCCAGCAGCCGUGUUGCCCCUGACCAGCUUCCUCCCCUCCCUCCCAACGAGAAUCUCCCCCCUGCCCCUAUCGAUAGCUCCAUCGACAAGUGGUUCUUCAUCAGCGGUGCUUCCGCUUAGAGAGUUCGUUUGUUGAGGUAGAAUAAAGAUAAUUUAUUGGCACUUUGUUGUAUUGGUCAAUUCGUCGUGAACAAUCCUCCAUGGUGUUACCCUCAUGCGUUGUUUUGCGUAGAGUCGAACGUCUUUGCAACAAGGUAUGCGCGGUCAGAGAUUGGCCAUUUCUGAGGCUGUAGUCCAUGCCGUGGGAUAGGGACUUGUCGAGGAGAUGCUCGACAUUCUUGCGCCAUGAGUUUCGCCGUUGAAAUAUACCGAUACCGUUGAUGAAUUCCCCAUCGAAGGAAAC